CAGACUGAAAUUGACUCUCUGAACAUUAUGACUUCUUUAAUGAUUGUCGUCAUAUUGCUGCCAUCAGUCCCCGUCAGUAUGGGUCCAUAUUUGCCAACCAUAUUUGAAAUCUUUGGUCGCCUCACACUCUUCUGCUGCAAAAAACCAGGUUUGAAAAAGAAUAAUUAUUCCUUAAUCAUUUCAUAACAUCCUGUGCUUUUCUGUGGUAAUCCGUCUUUGUGUUGUUGUUACAUUUGAUGUCUUAGUUCAAGUCGCAUAAAGAAAUCAAACUAACCAACAAAGAUAGCAAAAUACCAACCCCAAAAUUCCUUACUUUUAUAAACUCGUAUAUUGAUGUGCAUAAUCUAUAUCGGCCUUCCACUAAUGUGUGGGGAAAAUGAAAAUGAAUCUUUAUUUCUAAAAUACAUCAGAAAUAUGGAUUCUGUCCCCCCUUAAUCUGUUAAACUGGAAUCCAAAACUUUAUAUGCACCAUCUUAAAUGGCAUACUGACUAAGUCUGGAGCCCUGGUUCUUACAUCAUCUAAAAGUCCAUAUAUUUAUUUUUACAGAGGGUAGACUAUUAUUAUUCUAUGACCGUUGUAACAAAAAUAUAUUACACUAUUCCAAUUUCAGCCAUUGUGUCUGAGGCUUACAUACUUCACAUCCAAGUUGGACUCAACAGUCUCUUCAACAGGCUUUAUGGCAUGUACCCAUGCACCUUUGUGGCUUUCUUGAACAAGUUUUAUUGCCUGAGAGAGCACAGCCAUGCCUAUGAGGAGUUGGUUUUGGUGAGCCAUUUGAGCUUUUGUCUUGUGUUGUCAAUUUAUGUCAGCUCAAGUAUGGACCACUGGCUCAAUAUGAUUACGUUUAUUUUCUUGUCCUUGCUCAACAGUUUAAAAACUUUCCAUAUAUUGCAUACACAAAAAAGUAAAAAUUUAUACCCCCUCUCUUGCACCAAUACGUUUUAGAGCACCUUUUUUUCCCAGCCAAACAAAAUUAUGUCCAAUCCAUAGUUGACUAAAUUAAAUCACUUGGCUAAGUAUAACUGUUUCUGACAAGAUGUUUGUGGCAACACAAAGAAUGAUGAUAAUUAAAAAACAUGGUGGUGAAAUUUGUGUGCCCCAUUUUUUAAAAAUAGAAAUCAUCUUCGCAAUUAAUCUCCCCUAUUUCAAACCACAUUAAUCUUCUCACUAAACAAUAUCUGUCUCCCACUCUUUCCUCCAACUCAUUCUCCUCUAACUAUCUAUCCACUUACCAAUCUGUCAUAUCCACUUAUUUGUAUAAACUUAACCCCUUCCUUGCCCAUUACAUAUAUUCUUGAUUCUUCAACACAUCCUUCCUUGCCCUCUAUCACAUCCUUCCUAUCCCUCCAACACACCCUUCCACCACUUCUUCCUUUACUUCCACCACAUCCUUCCUUGCCCUCCUCCACCACAUCCUUUCUUGUCCUCCUUUCCCUCCAGCACAUGCCUUAUUGCCCUCCUUCUCCUUCACCACAUCCUUCCUUGACCUCUUAUUUUUAUACUUCUCCUUUGUGACUCACUAACAUUUUAAUGCCUAUGGUGGCCCAUAGGUAACAUGCAAAAGAUAUGAAUUGCCACAAAGUUUUCAUGUAUUAAAAUAAAGCAUUUGCUUAUGAGAAAUCAAAAUUACCAAUAAUUUUGAAACCGUUAUGUUCUUCUUUUGGCGACCCCGUAAUUUUGCUUUCAUUGCCUUGAAUUUGGGAAACACAGUUUUAAAGCUUAUGAUUAACACAUUUUCUAUUGUAAGCCCAUCAAUUGUCAUUCAUGAAUCAGUGUUGGAUAAUUUUCUUACAAAAUUUACAAAAUAAUCCCUUUUUUUCUAGGACUAAAUGUUACUCAGCCUACUGAACAAUCAAUCCGCUUAACAUCCAUUUAAUAGCUAGUGAAGCAUGUUUUACUGAACAUAUACCAACUGUCAUGGUACACUUCAUAUAGUGUCAUGCACUUCAUCAGGGCCCUGCAAACUGGGGCUGUGCCAGAUCUGGCCUGCCAGGAGUUAUUAAGCUGGCCAUUAACUGUACAGAUACCUGCACAUUGACAAUUUUAUUGGCCAAAAGCAGGCUUAUAGAUCUUAUUGAAAUACUAUAUUAAGUUUAUGUUAAUUAAAAUAUUUGUUUUAAUUUUGUUCCUGUUUUUUUUUUAAAUAUGUGCUGCUUGCAUUGAAAUUCUUUCUUUCUUUUUUCAAACUAUAAUCUGGCCCCAAAUGGUGUCUGAGGGAUAGUGUACAGCACACCUCCCUCCCCCCCUUAAACAUUUUUUUUUUUUUUUUUUUUUUUUUUUUUUUUUUAACCCUUUUAAAAUUUUUUUUUUUUUUUUUUUUUUUUUUUUUUUUCCUUUUUUUUUUUUUGUUUUUUUUUUUUUUUUUUUUUUUUUUUUUUUUUUUUGUCUUUUUUUUUUUUUCUUUUUUUUUUUUUUUUUUUUUUUUUUUUUUUUUUGAGAACCCCUUUAAAAUAUUCUUGAACUUUUUUUUCAUUUUUUGUGAACACAUUUUCUCAGUGAGUUUUAUUUCUUUUCUGCACGAUAUUUUAUUCUUUCGCCACUUUUAUUGCUAUAGCUAAUGUCCUGUGUGUCAUUUAUACAAUACAGCCAAUGUUGGAGAGGGUUCGGCUGCAUCCAAGACUUGUCAUGGGGCAAAAGGAGACAGAGACCUCAAUGAGCAGGUGUGUGGUCACCGUACCCCAUCAUAUGAUCCAGUGAUCCAAAACUGUUGCUUGAAUUUAAAGAAAGAAAUAUUACUUUGGCUUUUCUACAUGCUUCUUAUGCAGCAUUUUUGUUCUUUAUAUUUUUAGCUAGCACCCAAUAGAUAAUAUUAAUGAAAGAAAAUAAAGAAUAAACAUUGAUAAACAAAUUUUUUACUGAGGCAUAAAUUGCUAUAUGGCACAAAUAAAUAAUUAUCUUGUCUUUAAAAUUAUAAGUAUUUUCUAAAGCUGCAGUUAACCUCUUAGAAGAUUUAAUGUCUCAGAUGAUUUAUUUCUCAUAUUAUUUAAUGUGUAAGAUAAUUUCACACCUGGGAUAAUUUAAAGUGUCAGAUAAUUUAACAUCUCAGAUAAUUUCACAUCUCAGAUAAUUUCACAUCUCAGAUAAUUUCUCAUUUCAGAUAAUUUCUCAUUUCAGAUAAUUUCUAGUCUCAGAUAAAUAUGAUGUAAAGCUGUAUGAAUAAAUAAUAUAACAAGGGCUUCACUUUGUGAUUUCUAUAAAUUUUUGUUUCGCUAUAGAUGGAAAAACCACGAGACACAAGAUAUAGUUGUUUACUGUUCCAAGCUGUCAUUGGACCUCAUCGAGGGAUCAUGGGAAGGCUCACACAUGCCAGUUUUCCAGUCAAUGCAGUCUGCCCACAAACUACAUCUGCUCAACCACCAGAGUUGUGAGCCUCAAGGUAGCACACUGGCCAUAUAUUCACUCUUUAAACUCCCACAAAUGAUUUCCUUUUCCACUUAUAUAUAAAAGGAAAAGGAUAUUAUUUCUUCAUAUCCAAUUAUAUAUAUGCAUAUACCAAAGAAGAGACAAACAAGUCUAGUUCUUAAGAAGAAAUACAAAAUGCAAGGUUUAUAGAACAACCAAUUUAUUUACACACUAGAAUAACUAGUGAGAGAACAAUGAGGUAAAAGUCAAAACUUUAAUCUUUUGUCACCAAUGUAGCAUCUGGCAUUAAUGUAACAUCUGACAUUAAUGUAACAUCUGACAUUCAUGUAACCUUUCUUCUUCUCAUUGGGUCAAGGUAAUCUAUAUUAUUGUCCCAUACAGCAUCACCUGCUCAAUCAAGUUGUCAAGUCAAGGACUUCACACAUACCUCUAUAUUACUUCAAUAACUUUACAUGCUAAUACUUGAAUACAGCUCAUAGAAUCAAUGUGAAAUAAAGAAUCAGUAAUAAUUCACUAAAUAAAGUAUAUGAUGACUCAAAUUAUAUAAGUGUCCGCAGACACUAGAUUCAUACAACCUCCUUCUUUGAACUUUCCAAGAUCACUCUUUAAUUUUACAUUCUCGCCAACAUGUCUGACAAAAAUAGUCCCGCCUUUUUUAAUUCAUUAUCUGCAUAAAUCCGCCAAGUGAUUUCUGGUUUCUUGGUGAGUUUUACUCUAUAGUAAACAACCACUAAAUGGCAUGUUGUUACGUUGAUUGUGUUGAUUUACAAUAAAAUUCAUUAGAAAUUACCUUCAUAAGAAGUAUGAAGAAGAAAACAUGAAUCACACAAAUAUAAUCACUAGAUCUAAACUCAGAGAACACCAGUCACACAAAUAUAACCAAUAGAUCUAAGCUCAGAGAACACCAGUCAUACUAAUAUAAUCAAUAGAUCUAAACUCAGAGAACACCAGUCACACUAAUAUAAUCAAUAGAUCUAACUAAGCUCAGAGAACACCAGUAACACUAAUAUAAUCAAAUUAAUCUUAGCUCAUGGAACACAAAUCACAAUUCCUUAGUUCAAAUACUAUAAAUAAUCUAAAUCACAAUUCCAAAAUUGAAUUUCAGGAAAUAUGAAUCACCACAAUUAAAUGAAUAGUUCCUAAGUGCAGAAGCUGUUUAAUCAUAAAAUUAUAAUGAAUGGCUCCUAAGUCCAGAGGACAUUAAUUUCCUACUUACAGUUGGUUACAUUGAUACAAUCAGCUGGCCUAAGAAUAACAGAACUAAACACCCACCAAAAUGUACAAAAGGUGGGCAGCUAGGCUGUGGCAUCUCUGACCCAGAAAUAUCUCAGAACAUUAGGUGAUAUAGGGAAGGGUCAGUCAAGCGGUCUUUUUGCCUUCAAGAGCGCCCAGGUACAUCAGGUGAUUAGAACACUAUUAAAGUAUUUUGCCUUCAAGGGCGCCCAGGUACAUCCGUGAUGAGAACACUAUUAAAGUCUUGGUAGAAACCAAUGGUGCAUUGGAAAUUUGUCCUAGAAAAAUAUCCAGUGUGGUACAAUAAUAUCAGAGGCUUAUUAGCAUCAGUAGAUAAAUGUACUGGAGAAAUUAACGCUUUUUUGAACAUUUUUCUGUGCUCAUAAUAAUAGUAAAAUUAUUAGAAAAUGUAGGCAGUUUCAUACCUUACAACAAGCUUAAUAAUAGGCAUGCUUUUAAACUUGUAAAGAAAUGAAUGCAGAUUAGGCAAUAAAUGGAAUAUUAAAAAAAUUAUUUUGUAACAACAAGAAAAUGUAUUUAUGGUGAGGACAAACAUGACAAAAAGUCUAAAUAAAUGUAACCCACUUUUCUGCAACAAGACAAAAACUCUAAAAUAACAGACCUCACUUUUCUGGACCCCGUAACUCAAACAUACAAAAAGUCUAAAAUAAUAAACUCCACUUUUCUGGACCCUGCAACUCAAACAUACAAAAAGUCUAAAAUAACAAACCCCACUUUUCUGGACCCCGCAACUCAAACAUACAAAAAGUCUAAAAUAACAAACCCAACUUUUCUGGACCCUGCAACUCAAACAUACAAAAAUUCUAAAAUAACAAACCCCACUUUUCUGGACCCCGCAAAUCAAACAUACAAAAAGUCUAAAAUAACAAACACCACUUUUCUGGACCCCGUAACUCAAACAUGACAAAAAGUCUAAGAUAACACCCCACUUUUCUGGAGCCGCAACUCAAACAUGACAAAAAGUCUGAAAUAACAAACCCCAUUUUUCUGGACCCUGUAACUCAAACAUACAAAAAGUCUAAAAUAACAAACCCCACUUUUCUGGACCCCGCAAAUCAAACAUACAAAAAGUCUAAAAUAACAAACACCACUUUUCUGGACCCCGUCACUCAAACAUGACAAAAAGUCUAAGAUAACAACCCACUUUUCUGGAGCCGCAAUUCAAACAUGACAAAAAGUCUAAAAUAACAGAACCCACUUUUCUGUACCUGCAACUUGAGUAGUGAACCCAUCCAUCAAGGCAGUACAGUACAAAACUCUAUUUGCUGUACUUAAUCAGGUGAGAGGCAGUACACUACACCAACAUUGAUCAAACCCAUUCAAGACCCUCAAGACUCAGUCAACUCACUUCAUGUGACCAGUCUGGAUCCCAGCUGUUUUGGGGAGAGUCCGUCUGUGCUCAUUGGCUUGUCAACACCUCCAUCGUCACAGAGGACAACACCAGCAGCCAGCUUCUUGGACCCAGUUACUAACACAGGUAUGAAAUUUCUUUGGCUGGUUGUGACCAGGGCUAGUUAGUAAAUAAUACCCAAGGAAGAAUUUAACUGUAAUCAUUUUAGUCUUUACCCUACUUUAAUCAAGUAUGCAUACAUAGCCAUAAAUGUAAACCUGCAAAAAAACCUGUUCACAAAAAUGAAAAGUUGAAAUAAUUAUUAUUUUCCAUUGUUAUUACCUUUUUUCUAUCCUUGCUCUUUUUAAAUCCUUUAUAUUUACUUUGCUUUUGUUCGUGGCUGGGUGGCAGACUAGCAAAAUCUUCUGACGGCCAAUUGACUCACUUCUUAUCAACCUAUCGAGCUGAAACAUAGACUUGUUGUCGAGGAAAACACAUUCUUUCAAAUUUUCAGCCCCAACCUCAAAAAAUCAGUUUUUCCUGUUUUCAAUGGGAAGAUAAAAUAUAAUUUCAGAUAACUGCACUAAAUGGGAUUCUUUAAAAAAACAAACUAUCACAAGUGUUUUGUUGCAUAAUAUUUUCUUUUGUUUUCCUGAAAUAGUUGGUGAAAUAAAUCUAUACCGGUAGUGUAAAAGCGGGUGGGUCAUUCGAAUAUUAAUAUAGUUAGGGGCUUGAAAAAAAUGUGCUUUUGCGAGCAUUAAGGUGGGGAAGUACUAAUUAGGAUUCUUAUAGAGUGCGUUACUUGUAUGCAUGUAUUGUCGAAUGUUCAGCCUCACCAUUGCUCAAUGUUACAUUUUAUAAAGGAUUUAUAAGAAAAACUUUGGUAUGAAGGUUUUUUUUAUUAUGUCUGGAUUUGUUUAAAAUCUUAAAAGAACAAGUUUCAGUGUGUAUUUUACACUGUAAGACUGACAUGAUUGUUAACCUUUAGGCCUUGUUGUAGGCAUUUAACCUUUAGGCCUUGUUUUAGGCAUGCAACCUUUAGGACUUAUUUUAGGCAUUCAACCUUUAGGCCUUGUUUUAGGCAUUCAACCUUUAGGCCUUGUUGUAGGCAUUCAACCUUUAGGCCUAGUUGUAGGCUUGAUUUAUUUCAUAAUAGAGGUAGAAUUUCUCUUCUUGGCCUCCAAUUUUUAUUUGCGGAACUUGUGUUUUUAAAUAAGAUUUUUAGAAAGAAAGAGACUGAGCCAGCUCAUUAAUGUCUCGUCAGCAAAGUAUGAAAAACAAUCUAAUCAGUCCAGGGUGUUCGAUCAACCCACUCACUUAGAGACUUCCUAUGGUGUGUGUCUUAUUCCAACUCCCUGUUUCAAAUUCAGUUCUGCCAAAUUGAUAAUUUGCAAGGGGGUUAAAAAAAUUAAACAACAACUCUGAUUCUUUCAUUGUGUGCCAUCAUGGCUUGUUGUUAAGAUAAUUUUAAAAAAAAAGAUUACUGAUCUGGUUAUUGAUGCUGGACAGGUGGUGCUUCCGACACUCCUGAGAUGACCCCCAGACUUCAAACACCAUCCCAGUGUGAGGAUGGAGAAAAGGUAUGUUGUUUUUUUUGUGUUGGAAUUCUAAGUAAUAUUGAAAUUACCUUAAUAGAUAUAUAUAAGUGAAGGUUCUUUUUUUAAAAUUUAUCUUGUUUUUUUAUUGUUUGUCUUUAGUGAAGAGAAAAGUUUUAGUUAUAAUUAAAAAGUUAACAAAUGUGGCAAUCUUAUUAUUUGUUCAAUAAUAUAACUUAAAUUUUUUUUUAAAAAUCUUAACCGUGUAAAUGUAGCCCUCAUGUUUUGGACAUUUGGUUGUGACUCUUUCAAAAGCAAAAGUUGAGCCGACUACACUUGACACAUUUGCGUCUAUUGCCUCCUCCCUUCCAACCCUAAGUUCUUAAUAACAUUGCUGAGUAGCCCUUGCAACCAGUAAAGUAUCCUCUUCUAAACCAUGCACAGUUACAUCGCGAACACCUCUACAAACAUAGGAGCCAGAAUGAUCAAUACAUUGAUCAUGGGCCCUCAAAAUAUAGAAGAAGAAGAGAAAAUAAGUUAACACUUUCCAUUCUUUGCAUUUACUAGCAGUAGAGGAAGAUGAUUGCUUUAUUUUCACAAGCUUGAUUUAUAACAUUUCCAGACCCCACAAAGUUGCAGCGGCAGCAAAGGAGCUUUUCAACAUGUGCGCUCAUCCUCUGACAGCAAGAAACCGGCGGUGGUUGUUCCUAAGGUUUUGUCCUCUGUGCCACAUCAAACAACGCCGGUCACACCAGGCUCUUACAUGAUUAACUCACCUGGAACACCCAAUGAUUCUUCUUCAUUUAGGUAAAUUACACUUAACUUCUGUACCCUUCUUCAUCAAUGUAGUUUUCUUUCAACUGUCUAUCCUUCUUCAUCAAGGUAGUUUUCUCUCAAAUGUUUACCCUUCUUCCUGAAGGUAAUUUUCUCUCAACUGUCUACCCUUCUUCCUGGCGGUAAUUUUCUGUUAACAUUUCUCAGCAUCUUCAUUUAGGUAAUGUUCACAUAUUCUUGCUAACCGUCUUCAUUAAAUUAAUUCAGACACUUAACUUAAAUCACUUGUGGUCUGUCUAUUGUGAUAUUUCAUAAUUUAUUGUGGUCCUAGAUGACACCUGCUGGGCUAGCAAAACUUUACAACAUAAGCAAUGAAAAUGCAUGCUAAAUAGUUUAAAUAAAAAAUGAAAUGUUGCAUAAAAUCAAGAAAAACAGAAACUAACCCUCUAAACAAAACUUGAAAUUAUCUUUCCUUAAACUUAUGAUGAUUUUAACAAAAAACCACCUAUUUUUUAAAUAUUUUGUUUACAUUAAACACAUUAAUUUUUUACAGCUCUAGGACAAGCGCUUUUUUACCUCCUCCGCAAUCCAAUAGUCCUGCGAUGAGAAUUUUGCAUUUCAAUCAAACGGAUGAUGAGAGUGACAAGAACGAAGUAAGUUUAAUUGUUAGAUUUUAUAGAAAUAAUUCCUCCCCACUCUAAUUUUUAUGGUGUUUGCCUACAAAAAUUGUUGAUUAACAUUUUGUUCAUGCCUUUUCUCAACUCAUUGACGAUUUGUUCACAGCUCAAGGAAGAGAGACCUAAUUUACCAAAGACAGGAGAUACAACUAGGUCACUGUCUAAAAUUCAACAACACAAGCCUAAGGGAGAGGUUGUGACCCUUGCCUUACCAGUGGAAUACUUGCCACAAGUAAUCAACAGCUUGCCAACGCCUGAUUCAGGUAAAACUUUCUUUAAAGUAACUACUAAAAACAAUGUGUUAAUGUUCUUCAAAUAUCCAAUAAAAAAAAUGAAAUAUAGUUUAAACCUUCUUAAACUUAUCAAUGAAAACAAUGAGAAAUAGUUUAGAUUUUAUUCAGUCAACCAAUGAGGCCAGGGGAGAGAUAGUCAUCACAAAAUUUUUAGAAAGGACAUACAAAAACAAGCCAUCCAUUUUUCUUUUGAGGCCCCCUGCCACUUUUUGGGUUUGUUCCCUGCAUUCAAAGUUGAUAGUUUAAAUUUUUCCACAUCACAACUUGGAGCUCCUUAUAUAUCCAAAGGCCAAUGCUCUCUUGAAAAUAAAUGGUGUGCAACAAAAAUUUAUUUUUAAAAUGUUUAAAUAUUUUAAAGUUAUAACAACUUUAAUAAACAGAGUAAAGCAUAAUAUGUUUUAAUGUUUGAUACAGAUACCCUAGAUCUUGAAGUGGCUGAGAUCACAGAAAAGGAUGACAGAUUUGAUGACAAGAGCAGCCCUUCUUCAUCUGUUUCGACAUUGACCUCACAGACUGAUGUAACAGCAGAAUCUGUCAGACAGGUGCAGAGUUUAUGUCAUGUGUCUUUUUGAUGUUCUAGGACUUAAGUGUUGAGUGAAUUAUUUUGAUGUACUAAUGUGUUUGCCAUUACCAGUUCUAUGAAUUUAGUGUGGAAAGAAUGAAUUUUUGUGUUUUUUUGUUACCAGUCCUAGGACUUUCGGGUUAAAUGAAUUUAUUGAUAACCAAAUAUGUUUUCUCUUAUUUUAUUUCUUGACUAACAUUUAUUUUUCAGUUCAUGAAAAAGGUGAAUAGGAUUCGUUUCAACAGCCUUACCUCCAACUCCUCCUCUGACUUUGAUGCCCCUCCUCCCACCCUUGGGGUCCCCCACUACCGUGCCUGCCGCCCUAGAUCUUGUCCACCUUUAAAACGCCAAAACCUCCAGCCGCUGCUCUCUGCCGCGGAGAAGCACGGGGUUAAGGGAAGUAAGAAGCAAGCCUCCGCCGGUGUGCACUGCAUCUCCAAAUGUCUUGGUCGACAGAUCAGCAUGAUAGAG